GAACGGAUCCGCCGCAGCAUUUAAGGUGGAACGGAUAAUUCGAACACGAAACCACCUUCAGAUUCGUAUGAAGUCUGGAAUUGCUCAGUAAAUUUGGAUGAAACCGCAAUCCAGUCAUCUACUGUUUAUCGUCAUUUACUGAAAACUAAAUCCAGUUUAGCACUUCUUUAUAACAUCAUGAGUCACUAUGGUGCUUCUUACUUCCUGCUGGUUCGUCGUUGAAACCAAAAGUACUUUCGGUGCAGUAUGAAGUCUGUAUUGGUGGGUCGAUUCUUCACCAAGAAACCUCGGGACGUUCUCUUCUUUGGGGGUUAUGUGAGUGGACGGAGACAUAGCAUCGAACCAAACCGACUAACACUCGUCACUUUUUAAGUGUGAAGGUCAGAGGUAAACUCAACUGCAAGUCUCCGGCUCUGGUCUGUUUCUGAACUGCCUCACCAUGAACCCCCAAACACUUCAUGAAAUUGACGAGGAGCUGACAAAGAGUGAGGUGGCUGCCCUGAAGUUCCUGUGCAUAGACUUUGUCACCAAGAAGCGUUUGGAGGGUGUGAAGGAUGCCAAGGACCUGUUCCUGCGGCUGAAUGAGCUGGCCCUGCUCAAUGAUAAGUAUCUCCUCGCUGAGCUGCUUCACACCAUUGGGCGCUUUGACCUGCUGCGGCUUCUGGGCACCAACAAAAUAGAGGUCGACAGCUGGCUGCAAAACUGGAGAGACUCGAACUCUGGGGUUUCACCAUACAGAAUAAUGCUCUAUAAGCUGUCUGAAGACACAACUGAUCAAAACCUUCGGACUGUAAAGUUCCUUCUGGACAAACUGCCCAAAUCAAAACUACAAGCAUGUGCUACACUCCUGGAUGUUCUGACUGAGAUGGAGAAGGUGCAGAUGCUCGGGGAAGAUAACCUGGAUGAACUGGAGAGGAUUCUGGGUGAAUGUGAUAAACAGCUGGCAAGCAGGGUACAGGAAUUCAGGAACCUGCAAACAAGAGAACCACACAUCCCCAGGCAAAAUUAUCCUAGUCCUCCUCAACAAGAAGAAUCCAUGGACAUUUCCAAUGCACUGAAUCCUCUGUCCAUCAUAGAGACUUUACCAGAAGAUACUCCCUCUUUAGCGGCUGUGGUUACUGAUGCACAGGAUCUCCCAACUACUAUAGAUGCACAAGAAGAGGCAGACCACUAUUAUUCACUGACGCGGCGGCCUCGUGGGUACUGUCUGAUUAUAAGCAACUACAGCUUUGUGAAUGCACGUCCACUACGAGACCGAAAAGGAACGGAUAAAGAUGAAGAGGCGCUCACCAGAAUAUUCUCCAAGCUGCAUUUUCUGCCACAGAAUAAGACGGACCUGAGCAGCUCAGCUAUGCGGGAUAUAAUAAAGGAGUUUGCAGAGAUGGACCACUCUCAGAUGGAUGCCUUUGUCUGCUGUAUCCUCUCUCACGGGGAGAAAGGAACAGUCCUCGGCACAGACGGCAAACCGGUGCUGAUUCGUGACCUCACGAUGCCGUUUGCCAGUUGCCAAUCACUGUGGAAGAAACCAAAGCUCUUCUUCAUCCAGGCAUGCCAGGGCAAACAGCUGCAGAGGCCCGUGUACAUUCAGGCAGACGGUGACGAAAAAUCAGACGAUGAUGAGUAUGAAGAUGACGCCCAGAGUGUUGCGCUCCACAGUAUUCCUGUUGAAGCUGAUUUCUUGAUUGGAAUGGCAACAGUGGAGUCCUACAAGUCUUUUCGCCAUACUUACACCGGAUCUAUCUUCAUCCAGGAGCUUUGCAAACAGCUUGAAAACGGCCUGCGAAGCAAAGAAGACAUUCUUUCCAUUCUGACGAGGGUGAACCGAGAAGUGAGCGUCAGAGUGUUAAUGGGCCACAAGCAGAUGCCUGAGCCACGCUACACUCUGACCAAGAAACUGGUCUUUACUGUGGACUGAAUCUCCUGAUUAACUGUGCACAGAUAUGUUCGCUUCUUGUGAUGGGAUCUUCUCAGUCUUCCGUUAGACCAUCUGGUCUCUGUUCCACUUCAGUGGUAUGUGGGCCACUGAGGUUCUGUGGAUGUUUUUUUGUAUGUUCUUAUCUGUGUGAAUUGUUUAAAAAGAUAAAAAGAUUAGGAAUAUAUGAAAUGCUUUGAAGCCAUGAAAGUGCUUGCAAUCAUUAUUUGCAGUCAUUAUUUGAGGAUUUAAAGUAGUAACCUAUGGGACAAAUAAGAAAUUGUGUUGUUUCUGUUAAAUAAAAGCAUGAAUACAUACAAAAAUUAAGAAUUUAAAAAUAUAGAAUUAUAUAAAACUAUAACUAUCUGACUAAAACUAUCUGAGCCUAAUCAGUGUCCAAAUAAACUGAGAACAAUGCUGAAUGUCAUAAAACCUUUUUAAAAGAUUAUAUUUUCAUACUUUUAUAUGAAUGCAUUUACAAAAUUUCCUGGACAUCCAACAAUAACAAUAAAGUGCUAUAUAUUUUUAUAAGUAGCAUGGAAAAGUAUGUCAUACUCUCAACUUGCCUGCACUCCGAAAGUAAGACCUACACAAGGUUGGACUGACUUCAUCAGACCAUCAGGUCUGACCCACGAUGUUCUCUCAAUCAGAUGAGGUCAGGCCAUCAGCCUCCUCUCAAAGCUCUAGUGUUUUACAGCUUAUGAAUGUUGUCUGCUGUAUGUAUGCACUACGUUGGAUUUCCGUCUUCGUGCUUUGUCCAGCAGAAGGUGUGACUCUUAAAAUGCAUUGAUCUGAACAGUUCAACGAUGUCAACUUUAGAAAGUCAUAACUGAUUUCAGUAAUAUUCAGUUUCUGGACUAUUUGCCCAGAGACGUGAAGAUGGGUGUAUUGUUUAUGGUUCAUACUCUCAGAAAAACUACAUUUUUGGGUACAAACAGCAUCAGUGGGGUCUUCAGUACCUUUAGUAAGGGAACAUAAUUGUACCAUGUUCUAUUGCAGUUAUAUUUUUUGGGUUAUAUCCACUCUAUAUACCUUAUCCUGACCCCAAACCAAUUUUACCUGACCUAAUUUUGUUUUUCCUUGGGGAAAGUAAAAACUCACGUUGAAUCUUGGGGAUCACUCUGUACUUUUCAGGGCAAAUUUGCAUUGUUUGUACCUUGAUCAAAAAUGGAACAGUACAGUGUCCUCUUUUGCAUUGUAUUAUUGGACCAUUCUACCAAAUUUGUUCAAACUGUAGCCCUACAGUUAAAAAAAAAACAUAAAAAUAAAGUAUUUAGUCCUUCGAUGUUUACAAGGAUUAUGCUAUGAUCUGUUUAAACCCAAGACAUUAAUUGAGAUAGAAAUAAACGAAAUGUAUACAAAAAAAUAAUUAAUAUUGGUCAAAUAU